ACGUGACAUGCAACGGCAACACACACAUGUCAGUAUUUAGUUUAGGAGUCCAGCUGUAGAGACUGUGACAGAGACGUCCAGCGGUUAUAGCUCCAGCAUGGCUGUGACGUUAGAAGCCUGGUACAUGGACAGCUCCGAGGAAGACCAGAGAAAGCCGCACAGACUGUACCCAAACCGGCCCGUUUCCCUGGACGACUUGAGAAAGCUCGGGGUUUUUCACUGGAAGCUGAAUGCUGAUAUCUAUGAAACCGACCCAGAGCUGGAGCAGAUCCGUAAAGACCAAGGCUACUCCUAUAUGGAUAUUAUCUCCAUUCACAAGGACACACUACCUAACUAUGAGGAAAAGCUCAAGAUGUUCUUUGAGGAGCACCUGCACCUGGAUGAUGAGAUCCGCUACAUCCUGGACGGCCACGCCUACUUUGACGUCCGGGACAAAGAAGACCGAUGGAUCCGAAUCGCCAUGAGCAAGGGGGACCUGAUCACCCUGCCGGCCGGCAUUUACCACCGCUUCACCCUGGACGAGAAUAACUACACCAAAGCCAUGAGGCUGUUUGUGGGGGAGCCCGUGUGGAAAGCUUACAACCGACCCGCUGAUGACUUUGACAUCCGCCAGAAGUACACGGCUUCUCUGCAGGGAUCCUGAGAGACAGCUGUGUGAUUCCAUAUGACCACUACUUACACUACAAUCAGAGCCUCUAAUGUGAUUCUGUAGGUUUACAGUCAAAAUGUUGGGAAACAUUUUGUGGAUCAUUAAAGAUCUCCUGUAGCAGAGCAGUCAUAAUAUGCACUUAUAUGCUUUUUAGUGGCGAAUUAAAUUAAUUUGGUCUACAUGUAGACAAUAUCAGAGGUGGAGUUUCAGUUAGUACAUUAACUCCAAAGGUACAGGACUUUCCAGUUUUUCCUAUUUACACCGAUACAUUUUAGUUACCAGUUAAAUUUAUAUUCUACAGACGGGCACCCAGAUAGCUCAGUUGGUAGAGCGGGCGCCUAUUUAUGGAGGUGUGCUCCUCGACGCAGCGGGCCCGGGUUCGACUCCGACCUGCGGCCAUUUGCUGCAUGUCAUUCCGCCUCUCUCUUCCCUUUCAUGUCUUCAGCUGCCCUGUCAAAAUAAAGGCCUAAAAUGGCCAAAAUUUUUUGAUUCUACAGACAAAACAUGAUCAGGUAAUAAAAUCUUGUACAUUGUCAAAAACUACCCAACAACAUAUAAAGUAUUUAACAUUAGCACAUCAACAAGCUACAUUAAAAUGUUGCCUAAUGCAUCAGGAAUAAUGAUGCAAUAACACAGCAUAUACCGUACAUACAAUCGCAUAUGUAACAUGUUGAAGGGGCCAUUCUGCACGAGUACUUCCACUUUUGAGAAGAUCCGUUUUAACUUAAGUAAAAGUUUGAAUGUAGGACUCUGAUUUGUAAUGGAGCAUCACAUACUGGAGUUCUAAAUACUUGUUUCACGACCGGACAAUCUGUAGUGCCCAGGGUUUCCCCCAGAAAAGUUGUUCAGCCCGUUACCCAGUGUCUUUUUUUCCGACGAGGGCCCGGCUGGGGCCAGUCACAGACUGAUUGCAGAACCAAAUAGAUGUAGAACCAAAUAGUUUCUGUGAUAACGGAAUCGCGAAAAUGAGGAAAAAAAUAAAUAAAUGUAAAACAGAUUUCACAGAGCUUUACAUUACAGGCGCUCUAAGCGAUGUUGGGUGACGUCAUUUCUUGUUGACGUUCGAAGUAUUGCUCGCGCCUCCCUCCUCAUCCCAUCCCCCUCCCUUCCGUGCACUAACCCCCCCCCAACCCCCACCCCCAAAUCCUUCUAGUCGGUUAUUGGCUGGAACACUGUUAUGUUUUGUGGUGCAAGUUGGCGCAGUUAGUUUUUGUUGCCGUUUGUGGAGCCUGGGCUGUUUUACAGUGUGUUCAGGGGACAGGCAGCUAGCGGAUAGUGAGGAGAUGUUUGCUGUAUGUGACAAAAAAUGUUGUAGCCUAAAAAAACGCAUGACAUCGCUUAGAGCACCUUUUAAGUCAGUGCUCAAAGCUAACUGGAGAUUUGAAAAUAUGACUACGUCUAAGUUGCCAACUGAGCCGCCCCCCUGUAACUAGUUUAAAAACAUCUUAAAAAUACAUUUUAAAAAUGUUUCCCCAGUGGCUUAGGCCUGGUUGGGGGGGGGCAACUUAGGCCCGGUGGUCCAGCAGGUUUGCUAUACACUGGGGGAAACCCUGUUCCUUGUUCUCUUAAAUUGGUAGCGUUUGAUACUAUCAGAUUCACGCUCAACAGCAUGUUGAAAUAUACAACUAAUUCACAGUAUUUUCUAAUUUCAUAUUCAAAUCUCUCUGAAUCUGAAGUCAGAGCUGUAACUUGAUGUACCCGUCUGUGCUAAUGGGUUGGAACAUCUCUGACAGAUUCAUCUACAUUUCUUGUUGUAUGGGACAUAAAGCUGCUGCUACUUUCAA